AUGAAUGGUUUCACUUUGGCAAAGAAGACUCUACGAGCUGGAUAUUUUUGGAUGACCAUGGAAACAGACUGCAUCCUGAGAAAGUGUUGUCAAUGUCAGAUUCAUGGUGAUUUGAUUCGGGUUCCACCGAAUGAGCUAAAUGUGACAAGUUCACCUUGGCCAUUUGCAGCUUGGGCCAUGGAUGUCAUUGACCCUAUUGAGCCAGCCACCUCAAAUGGACACAGGUUCAUUCCGGUAGCUAUUCAUUACUUCUCAAAGUCGGUAGAAGCAUCUUCUUACAAGUCUGUGACAAAAAAGGUGGUGACAAAUUUUGUUUGCAAUAACAUCAUUUGUAGAUUUGGGAUUCCCAAGUCAAUUAUUAUAGAUAAUGGAGCUAAUCUCAAUAGUGGCUUGAUGCAUGAGAUAUGCGAGAAGUUCAAAAUUAUUCACCGCAAUUCCACUUCUUAUCAACCUCAGAUGAAUAGGGCAGUUGAGGCUGCCAACAAAAAUAUCAAGAGGAUAUUGUGGAAAAUGACUGAUAACUACAAGCAUUGGCAUGAGAGUUUGUCAUUUUCCCUUCUUGGCUACCGCACCACAAUCAAGACUUCGAUUGGGGCAACACCUUAUCUUUUGGUUUAUGGAACAGAAGCAGUGUUACCAAUGGAAGUUGAGAUACCAUCUCUGAGGAUCAUCCAAGAAGCUGAGUUAAGUGAUGCCAAGUGGACGAAAAAUCGGAUGGCCAAAGCUUUCAACAAGAAAGUAAGAUUGAGACAGUUUGAACCGGGACAAUUGGUGUUGAAGCGAAUAUUCCCGCACCAAGAUGAAGCUAAGGGAAAGUUUGCACCUAAUUGGCAAGGACCUUACAUGGUUCACCGAGUACUGACUGGAGGAGCCUUGAUUUUUGCAGAAAUGGAUGGUAAGAUAUGGCUGAAAGCCAUCAAUUCAGAUGCGGUUAAGAGAUACUACAUCUAG